UCGGAAGCACAGAAGAAAAUCGAUGGUCAUUUGUCAUUUAAAGUGCCCAUGACAUUGUAUACUCCUCUACAGGCCAAAAGGCCUAUCACCACGCACACAGUCAUGAUAGUCUAUCCCGCACAUUCAGAUGUUGCGCAGUUGCGCGUUUGAGAAAGGUGUUGGACCUAUUCACCCGGUUGGAGGGGCUGUCACUGCAGAUGAGCUUCGGAGGCGAAGCGAAGUUUUGUCCUCUUUCGCAACAAGCUGAAGCACGUCCCGCUCGCAGGUUUGGGACUCUAUGGUGUUGACGCUCUUCGCCAAGAUGGAUCACUAUCUGAAUUACUUAUAAUCGCCUGACCUUAUAGGCUACCGGUUGUGUGGAUUGCAGGAGAUCGGAUGCUGUUGUCAAGAUGAUCCCGGUGAAUGAGUUCCGGAACAUUGCCUCAGAACAAAACCCCCAGUACCGGGUCCUGAAGCCAUGGUGGGACGUGUUCUCCGAGUACCUUUGCAUCGCCAUGCUUAUGAUCGGGGUGUUCGGCUGCACUGUUCAGCUGACACAGGAGAAAAUCUCAUGUCUGCCGAACCGUAUCGUCGGGCCGACCAAAGCGGACGUGAACUGCAACCACGUGCGGGAGUACCACGCCAACGAGAGCCUGUGGGAGUUCAGCAUCACCAAGGAGCUCAAGCCCAACGUGCUCGAGGUGUUUGGCCGCAAGAACGGCCUGGACAUUCACCAGUACGUCUUCGUCAACCACUAUUGCUAUGAGCGCGCUGUCCACUGGUACGCCAAGUUCUUCCCCUACCUGGUGGUCAUCCACUCCAUGAUCUUCAUGGUGGCCAGCAGCUUCUGGUUCAAGUUCCCGGGGACGUCCUCCAAGAUCGAGCUCUUUGUGAACAUCCUGGGCAAGUGCUUCGACUCGCCCUGGACCACGCGGGCCAUCAGCGAGGUGUCGGAGGAGCGGGGCGAGGAGAAGCUGGUCAGCUGGAGGAAAGGGAGCACCAUGUCCAAGAUCAACCCGGACGGAUUCAUGGGCACCGACGGGGAGAACGUGACCUUGCUGCGGUCCGCGUCGGUCGUUUCCAACCCGGAGAAGAAGCUGUCGGAACCUGCCGCCUCCGUCUUGGACAAGAAGGAAGGAGAGCAGGCCAAGGCGCUCUUCGAGAAGGUGAAAAAGUUCCGCACGCACGUGGAAGAAGCUGAUCUUCUCUACAAAAUGUACGUCAUCCAGACGUCCCUGAAGGUCUUCAAGUUUCUCCUCAUCACUGCCUACACGGCCUCACUGGUGCCCAACAUUGAGAUUGUGGUCAAGUGUUCCGUGCCUCCAGAUCUGACCGGCUUUGACAUCUUCUGCUGCAACCACAACAAGGCGAACCUUUUCUCUAAACUGGCCUAUUGCUACAUUUGUUUCGUUGGAGUGUACGGGUUGUUGUGCAUAUAUUCCCUGUACUGGCUUUUCCAUCGGUCGCUAAAGGAGUAUUCCUUUGAACACGUUCGCCUGGAGACGGGAAUCAACGACAUUCCCGACAUGAAGAACGACUUUGCCUUCCUCCUGCACCUCAGCGACCGGUACGACCCGCUCUACGCCAAGCGCUUCGCCGUCUUCCUCUCGGAGGUGAGCGAGAGCCGCCUGCGGCAGGUCAACCUCAACCACGAGUGGACGGUCAAGAAGCUGCGCGCGCGCCUCAGCCGCAACCCCAGCCAGCGGCUGGAGCUGCACCUCUUCAUGCUGCCGGGCCUGCCGGACACCGUCUUCGACGUCGCCGAGGUCGAGUCGCUCAAGAUGGAGCUGCUGAGCGGCCACGUCACCAUCCCGGCCGCGCUCACCCAGCUCACCGAGCUCCAGGAGCUGGCGCUCGUCCACUGCCCCACCAAGCUGCAGCUGGCCGCCCUGACGCACCUGCAGCAGACGCUGAAGGUGCUGCGGCUGACCUUCGAGGGCGCGGAGCAGCUGCCGCUGUGGACGUACUCGCUGAAGGCCCUGGAGGAGCUGCACCUGAGCGGCACGCUGGGCGGCGCCGAGGCCUCGCGCAGCAGCGGCGCCUCGCUGGACUCGCUGCGCGAGCUCAAGAACCUGCGCGUGCUCACGCUCCGCAGCCGCCUCACCAAGCUGCCGCCCAGCGUGGUGGACGUGGCCGGCCAGCUGCAGCGGCUGGUGGUGCACAACGAGGGCGCCAAGCUGCAGGUGCUGAGCAACCUGAAGAAGCUGAGCGGCCUCACCUCGCUGGAGCUCGCGGGCUGCCAGAUGGAGCGCAUCCCCAGCGCCGUCUUCAGCCUGUCGGCGCUGCAGGAGCUGGACCUGCGCGACAACAAGCUGACCACCGUGGAGGAGAUCCUGAGCCUGCAGCACUGCCGCCGCCUCGCCACGCUGCGCCUCUGGCACAACGCCAUCGCCUACAUCCCCGAGCACGUGGGCAAGCUGCACGCGCUCGAGACCUUCGACGCCAGCUGGAACAAGAUACGGCGGCUGCCGGCGCGCCUCUACUACUGCACCAAGCUGCGGCACCUGGACCUGUCGCACAACCAGCUGUCGGCGCUGCCCACCGAGAUCGGCAGCCUGCAGAGCCUGCAGUACCUCUCGGUGGCCUUCAACUCGCUGGAGUCUCUGCCCGAGGAGCUGUUCUCCUGCAAGCGGCUCAAGAGCCUGGCGCUGGGCAACAACAGCAUCUCCUACCUGUCGUCGCGCGUGGCCAACCUGGCGCAGCUGCUCCGCCUGGAACUCAAGGGCAACCGUCUGGAGUCCCUGCCCGUGGAGAUCGGGGACUGCCCGCUCCUCAAACUCAGCGGGAUCGUGGUCGAGCAGAGCCUUCUAGAACUUUUGCCGUCAGAGGUCCGUGACCAAAUGGACGACGGUUAGGAACAGAACGGGUGCCUUUUAACGCCUCCAAACAAGCUGAACCAUACUCCUGUGUCUUAACGAUGGCCGGGGCACCGGGUAUUAGGACCUGAUGAACUCAGUGUUUACAUUAAGUGAAAUACCUGUACUAAUUGCUGAAGCCCUUCACAUGAUGGGGAAUGUUCUGCACAUGCACAUUUAUUCCUGUGAACUGUAUGAGAUCAAAUCAGAUUGGUCUGGGCUUAUUUAUAUAUUUUGAUGAAACCCCAGAGAAUCUAAUAAUUUUUUAUGUUGUUUAAUACUUUUUUAUUGGCAUUAAAAACAAUGCUAGUAAGACUGA